UGACGUCAGCGAUAAAAAUAAAGCCGGUUCAUGUAUCAGCCUCAUGGAAAAAGUAUUUCGACUCGUAGGAUCAGCAGCGGCGAUAUUUAGUUGAACCUUGAAGAGUAUAGUUAUCGGAACCUGACGUCGAGCCCACAAAAUGUUCAGCGGAAUCGCAGGCGCGUUCCGAAGCAUCGGGGAGAAGACUGCGUCUCUCUUCGACCGCAAGAAGAAGGAUGCAGAGCAGUUAGCGUCGGAGAAGGCUCAGGACGCGUCCACCAUGGUAGAGGAACAAGUCAAGAAGGCAGGGGAGUUCAUUGGAGGGGCGCAGAAGACUGCCGAGGGAGCUGCUGACUCGGCCAACAACGCUAAGCACUCGGCUAUCGACGCACUGGACAAGGAGCUGUCGAAGGUGACCCUGGCGGCUGGGGAGGCCAAGGAUGCGGCUGGCAGGGCCAUCGACACCACUAAAGACACAAUAUCCACAACGGCAGACAACACAAGGAAAGCGGCAGAAUCUGCGGUCAGCUCAGCUAAAGAUACUCUCAAUAGCACAUUAGAAAGUACCAAAAACGCAGCUGAGUCGGCGGUGGACACUUCCAAGAGUUACGUUGACAGCGCUAAAGAUAAAUUUUAUGGUACACCGGAACCAACGAAACCGGAACCUCAAUCAACACUCGGUACAGGCUUGUCGUACGCCACCAGUGCUAAAGAUUCGAUUACAAACGCUGUACAAAGCACUCUAGAUACGACACAAAAAACUGCACAAUCCGCUUUUGAAACUGGGAAAUCGUACGCUACUUCCGCUAAAGAUACAGUGGCAAGCACGAUUCAGGGAACAGUAGGUGGUACCCAAAAAGUUACACAAUCUGAUGACACUGGGUCAUCUUAUAUAACCACUGCUACAGAUGUAGCACAGAGCUCUGUGCAACAGACAAUGAACAGCGCGUACGCAGCUUUUGGCCUCACCCAGUCGUAUUAUGAUAGUGCUAAAGAUUCUGUAGCACACACAAUUGAUAGCACAAAGCAAGCUGCACAGAGUACAUUCGAGACCGGCAAAUCUUAUGUUGAUUCUGCUAAAGACUCAGUAGCAAACACGGUGAAUUCAGCUGUUGAUGCUACAAAGAAUGUUGCUUCGUCGGCUGUUGAAAAGGGCACCAAUAUAGUUGGUUCAGCUAAAGACACAAUAUCGAGCACAGUGCACUCGGCUGUAGAUGUGACUAAAAAUGUGGCGUCAUCCGCUGUGGAAAAAGGCUCAGAAUUAGUUAGCACUGCUAAAGACAGCGUAGCACAUACUAUUCUAAGCACAAUAGAUACCACAAAAAAUGUAACCGCCACUGCUUUAGAUAAAAGCUCAUCCAUCAUUGCAGCAGCCAAAGAUUCUGUAUCAGCCAGUGUAGACACAACUAAAGGUGUUGCUACAUCAGCUGUUGAUUCUGGCACCUCAUUUUUUGGCAGUGCAAAGGACACUAUCGCCAACACAGUCAAUAGCACAGUAGAUACUACUAAAAACGCUGCAGCGACCGCGCUAGAAAAAGGCUCGUCACUUGUAGGCGCUGCCAAAGAUUCAGUAUCAAACACAGUAUCAGCCAGUGUCGAUACUACUAAAGGUGUUGCUACAUCUGCCGUUGAUUCGAGCACCUCAUUUUUUGGCACCGCUAAGGACACUGUCGCCAAUACUGUUCAAAGUACAAUAGAUACAACUAAAAAUGCAGCAUCUUCAGCUGUAGAAAAAGGUGGCUCACUUGUAGGAUCUGCCAAAGACUCCAUUGCACAAACAGUAGACAGCACCAAAAAUGCUGCGUCCUCCGCUGUAGACUCAGGACUAUCUCUCGUUGGAGGUGCCAAAAAUUCCGUAGCGAGCACAGCUGAAAGCACAGUUGAUGCAUCCAAAAAUAUUUUCUCUAGUGCUUACGAUAAGGGCACAUCGGUGGUUGGCGCUGCUAAGGAUACAGUUGUCAGUGGUGUGCAAUCCACUGUAGAUACCACUAAAAAUGUUGCAUCUUCGGCCUUAGACAAUGCCUCUUCUUUAUUUGGAUCGGCGAAAGAUAAUGUAGCGACCACUGUAGAUACAACCAAAAAUACUGCUUCCUCUGCGGUUGACAAAACUACUUCACUUUUAGGAUCGGCGAAAGAUACCGUAGCCAACACCGUACAAAGCACUGUAGAUACCACAAAAAAUGUUUCAUCAUCAGCUGUAGAAAAAGGCUCCGCAUUAGUAGGCGCUGCUAAAGAUACCGUAACAAACACAGUCCAAAGCACUGUAGAUACGACCAAAAAUGUUGCGUCAUCAGCUUAUGAUAAAACUUCAGCCGCCGUAGGAUCAGCCAAAGAUACAUUAGCGAGUACAGUGCAAGCCACAGUUGAUACCACUAAAAAUGUAGCCGCAACAGCUGUAGAUAAAGGAAGUUCUUUAGUAGGAAGCGCCAGAGAUACUGUGACAAAUACGAUAGAUACUUCAAAACAUGUUGCGUCUGCAGCUGUUGGGAAAGGAAUAUCACUUGUUGGUAGUGCUAAAGAUACUGUAUCGAGCACUCUCUUUAACACCUCUGAACCAGUCGAAGAAGAGCCACAAAGCAUAAUCGACACUGCCAAAGAUAAGGUUCAGAACACACUCGGUUCUACCAAGGACACUGCACGGAAGACUGCUGAAGCGUCAGCUGAUACUAUCAACUCGACGGUUGACUCAACGAAGAAAGCGGCAGAAGAUGCUAGGGCGCAGGCGUUGAAGGCCGCUGAGGAUGCUAAGGAGAGGGCGAGGCAGGCAGCCGAAGAGGCAAAGAGAGUAGCCAAUUCAACAGUGGAGGAAUCUAAGAAGGCCGCCGAGAAGGCAGCAUCGGACGCCUCCAACGCGGUGAGCAGCACAGUGGACAGCACCUUUAAGAGGGUGGAGUGUGCGGCCGACGAGGGCCUGAAGAAUGCUGGCAACGUGGUCGAUUCCAAGAUCAAGGACGCUGAUAAAUACCUCAACGAGAAGAGGGAGAAUUUGGUGUCCGGCCUGUCGUCAGCGGCACAUGACGGCAAGGAAGGUGCUGCUGGGCUGCUGAGCAAGGGCCUCGGAGGCUUCGGAGCCAAAUGAAUCACAAACUCAGCCUCUUGUGAAAACUAACAGCAUAGAGACGCCAUUUUGUUUUAUUUACAGCAACGAGCGUUUUGUUUGAUAGAUUUUAUCUUUUAUUAUUUUGAAUUUAGAAUACGGCUUUUGCCUCGCGAAUUAUGUAUAAGAAAAGUGAAAAGCUAGUUAUCAGAUGAUGUUUUGAGAUUUUAUUUAAAUUUUAGGUAUUCAUAAUCAUGAUGGUCAUAUUUAAUUGUAGUUGGCAUUUCAUACUGUUAGUUUUCUCAAUGUAAAUAAUUUUAAUUGCCUUGUUUAAAUAUCUAAUAUAAAAUAUUAUGUUAUUCCGAAAAUAAAACACCUUAAAAAGAACUGAAAAUAUGGAUGGAACUUGAGUCCCUGAUGUCCCAAAUUGUCUCCUUAUUGUAGAAAUGUUUGAGUACUUAUUACUUACUAUCAUUUAAAAAUGAUGUUACAUAAAGGGACAUUUUUAUUAUGGUUCAUCCAAAAAAAAUAUUUCGUCUUUUCAAUUUGAGUAGAUUAUUUAGUGCCUAAGUAUUUUAUUCAAGUCACAACAUGCAAUCUCAUAGCUGUUUAGCCAUACAAAUUUUCAUUUUAAAUGUAUAGUUUAUUGGUUAAGUCUUAGGUUAAGUGUCGAUCGUUGUAUAUGAACUCUAAGAUUGCAAUUUAAACGCAUUUUGCGUAAAAAUAAAAAAUAAAGUACAGUUUGAAGCUGCCUUAUCACAUCAACUGCUUGGCUUUAACCGUCCACAACAGGCCUUAUAUCGUCAAUCCCAUUAUUGUUAUAUAUUUAUAUUUUCAAUACCUACUUACAUAAUCAUUAUGAAAACACAAAUAAAUGUUGACUGCUCAGCAGAAUAUUUUUUCACAAAGAAUUUUACGAAUGUUAUACUUAUAUACUAAUUUGCAAAGUUAGGUAUGUACCUAAUUUGACGCUUUUGCGAUAAAAUUUUUAUUUAGUUGAAAUGCGCAAAAAUAUUCUUAUAGAUUCUAUUGUUUAUUUACAUAUUAACUGUUCAUUGUAAAGAUUGAUGUUAAUAUUAACUGCUUUGUGUCAUGUAUGUGUUCAUGUAUUAAAUUAUGUUAUUAAGAAAA